AUGGAUAAGCAGUUUUCAAAAUUCCUUGAAAUAUUCAAGAAACUGCACAUCAACAUUCCAUUCAUAAAGGCUUUGGAACAGAAGCCAACUUACCUAAGGUUCAUGAAAGACAUCCUAUCCAAGAAAAGGAAGUUGAAAGAAUUUGAGAUGGUGGCACUUACUGAAGAGUGCAGUGCGGUCCUGCAAAAGAAACUAGCAUCUAAGCUAAAAGAUCUGGGAUUGAAAUUAGGAGAAGCCAAGCCCACAACAGUCACUUUACAGAUGGCAGAUCGUUCUUUGACUCAUCCUCGGGGUAUAAUUGAAGAUAUUUUGGUAAAGGUUGGUAAGUUCAUCUUCCCUGAUGAUUUCUUAAUACUUAACAUGGAGGAAGAUGAGAAUAUUCCUAUCAUUUUGGGGAGACCAUUCCUAGCAACGGGGAGAGCAUUAAUAGAUGUGUAG